GCGGUGUGUAAUGACUUAAACAGUUAUCGACUUAAACAUCUCGACGACAUUAACUCUUCAUCGAAGAAUAAAUCAAGAUGUAUUUCGUGGUUUUGUUCGCUUUAAUUGGUGCGUGCGUUGCUGCGCCAGCUCCGGAAGAAGCGGUUCCUAUUGUGUCUCAAUCUAGUGAUGUACAACCCGACGGUUCUUACAAUUUUAGUUAUCAAACCGGUGAUGGCACCGCCGUUGAACAACACGGUUCAGUAAGAAAAAUUGAAAACGAAGACUCCAUUGUGGCCGAAGGAAAAUAUUCUUACAAAGGCCCAGACGGUGUUGAGUACGUUGUGACAUACACAGCCGAUGAAAAUGGAUUCAAACCGAGCGGAGAUCAUAUUCCAGCUGUGCCAGCAGCUAUCGCUAGAGCUUUAGAAUACAUCGCCGCUCACCCCGAGGAAAAUGAACCCAAGAAGGCUUAAAAGAUUAUAUCAUAAAUUCGAUUUGUAUAUAUUUUUGUAAUAAAAGAAUUGAUUGAAAUA